CAGCCCUGGUGUUUUGUUUUUGUCCAGGAUCGUUAUUGUUUUUAUCAGUUCGGGUUUCUUAUCUGUAAAAUAUUGUAAAGAUUUUAGUUGGCUACCAAAGAACCGGAACCGGCAGCACGAUGAAUACCCUAAGGCGCCUGGACCGCCUGAUCGCUCCCACCGUCUGCCGCAGUGCCGCCAUUUCCACCAGCCUGUGGCCACACCGCUGGAUGAGCCAGUCAACCACGAUCUCCCCAGGAAGUCCCAGCAGCAAAUCGACUGUGAACGCGGCCGAGGUGCGCGGCGUGGCUCAGAUCCUGCGCCAGCAAAAGGGAAACCUGGGACAGCCCACCAGCGUCUCGCAUCCACAUCUUAUCCAGCCGGACGAGCUGGUUCCGGGCGUGGAGCUGACCGAGAUCAAGGAACGCCGUUCGCAGCUGAUGCAAAACAUCCGCGCCUAUGCACGCAGCUUCGGCGGUGAGUUCAAUGGGCACUCGAGCACCUGUCACAUGCUCGUUCUGGGCGCCGCCUCCAAGAAGUAUAUGAGCGGCAAGAUCCCGUACGUGUUCCGCCAGAACUCGGAUUUCUACUACCUAACUGGCUGCCUAGAGCCGGACGCCGUGCUACUGCUGACCAUCGACGAGGCCCAGAACGUGCAGUCCGAGCUGUUUAUGCGUCCCAAGGACCCGCAUGCCGAGUUGUGGGAUGGUCCGCGCACUGGGCCCGAGCUGGCGGUGCCGCUCUUCGGAGUCACUGAGGCCCAUCCGCUUUCCCAGCUGGAGGCGGUGCUGGCCAAGCGCGCAGGCGCCCUAAAACCACACAUCUGGUUCGACCAGAAGAGCACCGACCUGCCAUCCCUAGCGGAGAACAUGAUGCGAUUGAGCGGCGAUCAGCACCGUCCGCUGCUGCCGGCCUACACUUUCCUAGAAGCCAUGCGCCUGCUCAAGUCCCGCGACGAGAUGCAGCUAAUGCGGCGCACCUGCGACAUAGCCUCACGCUCGUUCAACGAAGUGAUGGCCGAGACGCGGCCAGGUCAGUCGGAGCACCAUCUGUUCGCCGCGAUUGACUACAAGUGCCGCAUGCGCAACGCCAGCUACCUGGCCUACCCGCCGGUGGUGGCUGCCGGUCAGAACGCCACGGUGAUCCACUACGUGGCCAACAGCCAGUUGUUGGGGCAGCACGAUCUGGUGCUGAUGGACGCCGGCUGCGAGUAUGGCGGCUACACCAGCGACAUCACACGCACCUGGCCGGCGAGUGGGCUUUUCACGGAGCCGCAGCGCACACUGUACGACAUGCUGCACCAGCUGCAGGGGGAGAUUAUUGGCAACGUGAUGAAGCCAGGCGGCGAGACGCUCGAUCAGCUGUUCGAGACCACCUGCUACAAGCUGGGCAAGUACUUGCAGGAGAUCGGGCUGGUGGGCAAGUCGUUCAGCGAGUACAAGGAACUGGUCAGCCAGGGCUACCGCUUCUGUCCGCACCACGUCUCCCACUACCUUGGCAUGGACGUGCACGACACGCCGCACGUGCCACGCAACACGCGCAUCGUGCCCGGCAUGGUCUUCACCAUUGAGCCGGGCAUCUACAUUGGCCAGGAUUGCGGCGACGUGCCGCCCGAGUUCCGAGGCAUCGGCAUCCGCAUCGAAGACGAUCUGCUCAUCAACGAGAACGGCCACGUGGAGGUUCUAACUGAGGCGUGCGUCAAGGAUCCACGCGCCCUGCAGGAGCUUUGCAAACAGCAGCAGAGGAAACCCGGCGCCUCAUCCGCGGAGACGUUUUAAGAGCUCAAAACGAAAACCAAAUUCCUAGUCAUAAGCCUUUCAUUCUCCCGACAACCUAAAGCGCUGAUUUAGGUCCUAAAGUAAAGGCAGAUGGUGUAUUUAUAAAUGCACACAUGGCAAAUACAUUUUAAAUUCUG